AUGGAUGAUAUGAACGAGCUCCAGCGCGAGCUGUAUGAUAUAGUCAAGAAUGCGACUGAAGAGCUCGAUCUGAGUGAGGAACGGAUUGACGUUGCUGCAGCUCAAGCGAUAGCUGAAGCACUCAAGGUGAACACGACGCUGACUUGGCUCAAGUUGGAAAAAAAUCAGAUUGGAGAUCUUGGAGUGCAAGCCAUUGCUGAGGCGCUCAAGGUGAACACGACGCUGACUUAUCUCGAUCUGGAUAGCAAUCAGAUCGGCGAUGCCGGAGCGAAGGUGCUUGCUGAGGCACUCAAGGGGCACACGACGCUGACUGGCCUCGGCUUGAACACCAGUCAGAUCGGCGAAGUUGGAGCUCAGGCCAUUUGUGAGGCACUCAAGGUGAACUCGACGCUGACUAUGCUCGAUCUGGACGCCAAUCAAAUCGGCGAUGCUGGAGCGCAGGCGAUUGCUCAGGCACUCAAAGUGAAUACGACGCUGACUUGGCUCAAUCUGGACGGCAAUCAGAUUGGCGACGCUGGAGCGCAGGCGAUUGCUCAGGCACUCAAGGUGAACUCAACAUUGAAGAAGCUCUUUCUGGACGCCAAUCAGAUUGGCGAUGCUGGAGCGCAGGCCAUUGGCGAGGCACUCAAAGUGAACAAAAGGCUGAUCGACCUCAGGCUGAGUGAGAAUCACAUUGGCGACGCUGGAGCGAACACGAUUGCUGCAGCACUCAAAGUUAACACGACGUUGACUUGGCUCAAUCUGAGUGAGAAUCAGAUUGGCAAUGUUGGAGCGGAGGCGAUUGCCGAGGCACUCAAAGUGAACACGACGCUGGCUGUGCUAGGUUUGCACACAAAUGAGAUUGGCGAUGACGGAGCUUGCGAGCUUGCUGAUGCACUCGAAGUGAACACGACGAUGACUAAGCUCCAUCUAGACCGUAAUUGCAUGGACUACGGACGUUCCGCGCUUCUAGAUGUACGCGAAGACAACUGCAGGCUGGAGCUUACCUUCGACGACCAGAUAGGCUGUCUUGCAUUCAUCUGGUUGCCACGAAAGGCAACUGCUGAAGACGUCCAGAGCGUGUUUCUACUGCUGACCAGCGGACUGCAGCUGGAGGAUCAAUCCGCAUGUCUACCGGCACUUCCAGCUGAGACUCACCACAAAAACUGCAAGUUGUUUCAAAUAAUUCUUUCUUAAUUCCAACAAUUUGCCAGAAUGAUUGAUCAUACACUACGAGUAUUAUCGAGUUGGAGCGGAGGCAAAAUGACGAGAGAAGCGCUCAAAAUUUAGCUUUGACAAGAAUUGAAUUUUCAAAAUUGUUGGAUUGAACGAAAACUAAAAUACAGUACUAUCGAGAGGCACA